AUGGUAGACCAGUUGUGGCUCUGGUGCUCAGGGCACGCGAAUGCAGCUUCGAUGAUCCAGACAGGCGCCGCGAACCUAGCAGGUGAAGAGGGGCCACAGCAUCUGGUCCCGGGCAUUAUCAACGAGUGCGCUGGGGCAUUUUUCGACCCCAUGAAAAGUCUGGAAGACGACUUCAGGUUUCUGGAUAUGUUUAGUAAUUCUAUCAGUAGGAUAGCCGACGGAAAGGUUGCCUGUUACGAGCGCUUCGUGAAAAUGUUGAGGAUAUCCAACCAGCAGGAUCUCAUGGAAAUAGACACCGAGUCCGGCCUCCUACGAGAGAUCAAAGACAUUCUUGACGAACUCCGGAUGAUAAGGGUAGUUUGGGAAGAUCAGCUAAAGGUCAUCGAGGCCCUCAUGGUCCGCUUUUCAAACGUUCCCCGUCCUCCAGCCUGGAACGUCAUGCGCGAACCUGUCAAGCGCUAUGUGGAAAAAGUCCAGUCCAUGCAGAGAGAAGGAGAAGCGACCGUAAAUUCGCCAAAUGCCCUGAUGGACCUUCGGCAGCGGCACGCGACACUCUGGGAAGCCAAGUCUACCGGAAUGCAAGGGAACACCAUUACGGUCUUUACCGUGGUCACCAUUCUCUUUCUCCCCGCCUCAUUCAUGGCCUCUUUCUUUGCGUUGCCCAUCGUGCAAUUUUCCAAAGCUAAGAGCUCGGACAGCCUUGACCUCUCGUAUGUUGUGAAAUAG